CGUCUUCAAAAAUUAGAGGUCCUAUCAUAAAUUAUGUUUUUAGUCUACACAAGACUAUAUUUUAAACAUGUUUCUGUUAUAGUGAAAGAAAAUACAUAAGAUCUAAUUCGUACCACGUUAAGCAAAACUAGGAAUAGAUUAAAGCUAUAUACAGUACCAUGGGUGCUGGAACUAGUUCUAGAUUAUUAAUGAUGAAAAUAAAAGAUCACAAGGUUAAUGAAAUAUUUUACCCGAAUAAACCUUAUGUUCACAGCCCUGAGCACUGGAGAGCUGAACCAGGAGGUUUGAUAGUAGAACUACAAGCUUUACCAAGAUUAUUUUAUAACAAUAGAUUAGAAACAAACGAUGGUUAUUGGUAUGUAGAGGCAUCAUUCUUACCAUAUGAUGAUUCUAAGUUGGUUGUUUCUGCUUCAUGUUAUUAUCUUUUACCAAAUCUAACCGCUGGUACCUCAACUAUCUCUGGUAUUCCUAGUGGUCGAAUAUUUAUAGUUGAUCUAAACAAGUUAAACCAUGGUCUAGGAUAUUUUAAGUUGAAAGGGACAUCAACAUCUAAGAAACCAAAGUUGUCUAUUCACCCAUCUGGAGAUUUUAUUGGGUAUAUUGGUACAGGAGAAGUGAAUUUAAUAACAUUAGACUCCAUUCAGGUUUAUUCUAAACAAAAAGAUAUCAGCAAUGCAGCAUUCCAUUGCUUUGCUAUUGCUCCAAAUGGAAUAUUCAUUGCAAUAAUGACAAGGAAUUUAGGCAGAUAUGAACUUCAGCUAUCGAAAUUAACAUUUGGAGAAUUUCGAAAAAAAAGUGUGUUUUGUCACCAUAUAUGCCCUUCCUUUAUAAAUCAAAGAGGACAGUACACAGAUAGUGUUGACUUUAAAUGGUCACCAGAUAGUAAAUAUCUGGCCAUUAGUAAUAAUCAGGGUGUUUUAUUCAUACUUCAGGUGUUAAGUAUGAGAAAUUUAUGUACUGUGUUUGAAGAUGUUAUUGAAGGACAGUUGGCCAGUAAUACAGGCUACGAUUUUGAUCCACAGUAUGAACACUCUAUAAUGGCUGUUGCCACAUCAGAGGUCAAAGUUCAUAUUAUAAAUUUCCUAACAGGAAUGACUCUUUGCACUUUGAACCCAUGUGAAGAUGAGUCUGAAAAUGAUAUGAUUGACUGUAUCAAGUUCAAUCCAGACGGACAAUCAAUAGCUGUUGCCCUCCAUUCUUUAAAAAUUGUUAUUAUCAGUGUUAUUGAAGAAAAUAUAUUACUGUCCAUUGAUGUGAAGUCAUCUUGUCCUCAAACAACCAUGGGUCAUGAUAUGAGGGAAAAAAAUAUUUUAUCUCUUGCAUACAGUAGUGAGGGACAAAAACUACUUUCAUCAUGUUGUGAUGGUUACGUGAGAAUAUGGAAUGUUGCUAAUCAAGUACAGACAUUAAUGGCAUUAUGUCGAUUAAAGGUUUUGAGUUUGCAAAAGGUCUCUGAUGUAAAGAAUCUUAAACUCCCGAAAAAAAUUAAAAAUUAUUUACUACACACGCCAUGUUUAAUUGAAUAGUAUAACUAAUUUUCAUUUUGUAUUGUAACCAUGCAAAAUUUGUCAUUUUAUAUGAUAAUAAACAUUUUCUAUAUCAUUUCAAGACUUUUGCAGAAGUUGAGAAAAUGAUAAUCAGAGCUUCUACUUAUAUUAUACUCCCAGCCUUUUUCCUAAAUUUAGAUCUUAAAGUUUAGUCAAACAUUGCUUUUUAUAGUUUGAUUUUAUUUUAUCAUACUUUUAGAAUCUCCUGGUUUAUUAAACUUUUAUCAAUUUCCGUAGCACAAGAUGUGGAUUUUUUACUAUUGUUUAAAUAUUAAAUUAUACACAUAAUAUAUAUAUAAAUAUGAAUAUAAAUUGUCUCACCUGUAUUCAUGUACUGUUUGUUCUUUAUUUUGUUAGACAGUUGGUUGCAUAUUAUAACACAGAGAACCUUGUGUAUACAUAUAACUGUGAUUUUGUUCACUGUGAUAUUUUUUAAUGUUAUGUUUCUUUUGUCUAUUGCAAUAUUCAUACAUGUAUUUGAUUUUUCCAAAUAUAGCAAUAAUCUGAAUUUAUACAAAUUUUACAUUGAUAUUAUUCUCUGUUUUCAAAAUUUGAUUAAAAUGAGAUGUCAAUUACA